GGGGAGGAGGCCGCCUGUCCCUAUCCUGGAUCCCCACCACGUUUGAGUGUUUGACCCCCAACAUUCCCAUGGACGAGGACCGCGCCGGUGGGCCCCACCACCACCGCCCCUCGCCGCCGCCGUCCUCGGACGCUGGCAAGCGCCGCCGCCUCCCCAACGUCCGCCUCGCGGGCUCCGUCCCGCCCCCGUCCCACCUCCCGCACCCGCGCCGCGUCGCCGGCGCGCCCGCCACCAGGUCCCGCGUACCCCUGCACCUCAGGCACCAGCACCCCUCCGCGGACCCGCCCCAAACCCUCCCAAAACCCUCCGCCGACAGCGGCGACGACCUCGCCCUCGCCGCCGCGUGCCCCCGCAAGCCCAGGGCUCCUCUGCAGGCGGCCGCGGCGGGGAAGCCAAACGGGAGUGCGGAGGGGACGGGGUCGGAGCCGGAGCCCGAGACGGAGACGGAGGAGUACGGGGAGGCCGAGGAGGAGGUGGCCGAUGUGGCGGGCUGGCUGUGGCGGAUGGGGAUGGGCCGCUACGCGCCAGCGUUCGAGGCGCACGAGGUCGAUGCCGCCGUGCUGCCCUGCCUCACCAUGGACGACCUCCGGGACAUGGGCAUCGGCGCCGUCGGGGCGCGCCGCAAGCUCUUCUGCGCCAUCCAGAGGCUCGCCCCGCCGACGCCGCCUCCACGGAGGUGAAACGUACUUUUGCCUGCCAUUCCCUGCUGUGGGCGUGCUAGGCUAGCUAGCUAGUUCGGCGGCAUCACCUUGCUAGGGGACUUAGGAUGCGUCAGUCGGUCCUAGGAGUAGGAGAUGUCCAGAGUGUAAAAAUGAGAAGGUUUGGUCUUUAGCGUAGCUGGUCUCGGGUGCCGUUGCAUAGUGUGUUGGAGAAGGUUAGAUGGAAUGCUAACUCUGAUGCUUUUGAUUUUGUGUAGUGUUUUCAUAGAAAUGCCAGGAUGCUUUGUCGUAGGCUGUAAAUAGGAAAAGAUGAAAUGCUAAUGCUGGGUUGUCGAUCUCAUGUUCCUAUACGUUUCAUCAUCUCCCCCAAUGUUUUUCUUGAUGCAAAUGGAUCUGAUUAGUGGAAUUUCAACAUGGUUCAUUGUUAUCGGAAUGGGGAAACAUGCCACAACCCUGCAUUGUUUAUUUGUGUUAUGAACUUGAGUUCUGCUUGUAGGUGAGGAUCGCCUAGAAAGUACCAAGUAGGGAGUCUAUCCAUGCUGCAUUGCUCUCCCAAAUUUGUCUUGGUAUUUGUAAUGUCCAUAAAUGUGUAUUGACAUUCUUGUAUUGCUGAAAGUUAGUCUUUUUUUUAUGGCAUGUUGAACAUCUUACCUGAAGUCAGAUACAACUUGAGUUACGAUGUGUGGAUUUUGCUCACCUGAUCUGCUGAAAAAAGGGCUUAGUUUCAAUGCUGAUGAUUCUUUGCCUCUUCUACCUUUGCAAUAGAAUAAGCAGCCUUUAUGGAAAGAAAUUUUCAUUAUUGCUGUACAAAAAAAAA